AUGAAUUCGCAGUCAAAUGGCGGCCCUGCCACGACUGGGUUCGCAGCGCCCUCCAUAAUGACGCCCCCCUCGUCGGUACACAUGUCACAGCAGGUCUCGCAGUCGGGGCCCUCGGCGACCAAUAUGCAUCCCUUCCCGACGCCCGCAAGCACCGCGACGCUCUCAAACUCACUCAAUGUGGACAACGACGGCGAUCUGCAGAUGGAGGACAGCCAGGGUGAUGAUGUGGUGCGCUUAGGCCGACACAGACUCACCAACCACAACCGGCAAAACAGGGUCAUCUUCGCCGACGAGGGCGGAGUGGCAGCGGCAAAGGGUGUUUGUGGCAGCCAGCUAUUCAAGCUCUGUCAAAGCACCCAUGAGCCGUCACGACCGCAUACUUCACAGAAUCUUUUCGAGCUCUAUGGCCUCAAUAACCUAGCAAAAACCGUUGCGCGAACUGACCCAGUGACGGGAGUGAAGAUUAACAAGCUGCGAAAAUCGUACGAGGGUCACAUCAAGGCGUUGCAGAUUACUGGCAAGCCGAAAGCAUCAAAAAUGGAAUGGAAAUUCACCAACCUGUACAAUUUCCCGGAUGAGGACUACUACCUAUCCACUGUAUCAGGAAAAGAGAUGACCAAGGCCGUCGACCCCCAAGGAGGCUUGUCGACAGAGUGGUCAGAUCUUGUCAAUGGCGCUUUGGGAGGCAUGGACAAAGGUCCUCUGCCAGCUGCAGAUGCUAACAAAUACCGCGCUUACCUUGGUACUGAUGAGACUGUCAAGCCGAAGGCUCCGACUGAAAGUGCUCCACAUCGAGGAGUGCAAUCGGCCAACGCCACGCCGAACCCACACGCGUCGUCUGCAGCGUCGCGGCUAGUAAGACCAGAAAGAGCGGGAUCAAAACGACAGUACACGGAUGCCUCGUUCCACGGCUACGGAGAAGGCUUCACUGACGACUAUGCCGAGUCAACUGGAGGGGAGGACAACGGAAACAUGGCGGCAAAGAGACGGAAGCUCGCAGCUUUCGAGCGCACAUCACAUCAAGUCGAAGUUGGCGGUGCGCGACGGUAG